UGAGUAAGAGGACAGUGACUGGGAUCAUACCAAGAGAGUAAACUACUUUUCAGAGGUCAAGCUAUAAAUGUAGAGCCUGAAGAGCCGGAGGAAGAAGCUCCUGAGCAUGAACCAAAGUCCUGGACCUUAUGUUCUUCUACUUGCCUGCCAGUAUGGGGUUACCAAAAUCGUGGAAUAUCUUUUGAAUUACGUUGUUGGCUGUGAUCCCAAUAUCAAAGAUGACGAUGGACACACACCACUCUUUCUUGCAGAGAACAAGGAAAUCAUUCUACUCUUGUUGCAACAUGGAGCUACUGCUGAAGAUGUGUAUACCAAUCAUCGCAAAGCUCUUGGUAACGUGUUUUCAAAGGAUCCCCUGAAAAACCCAGUGAAGAUACUUGUUAUCGGUCACGGUGGAGAAGGAAAGAGCACUCUCAUUGAAGCAAUGGAACACGAGCCAAAUGCAUUCACAUCUCUAGUCAACAUCUUCGUCUCUCCUAAAGAAGUCGAUGGAGUUAGCAAGAAAACAGCCGGAAUCAUCCCUCGAUUAUUCAAGAGUCGUGUCUUUGGAGAUGUGUUGGUCUAUGACUUUGCUGGUCAAGAGGUCUACUACAGCAGUCACGCUGCCAUUAUCAAGUCAGCAGUUGAUGCAUGUCGGCCCAUUUUCAUUUUGGUUAUCAGUCUCCUAAAUGAAAACAUCACUACCACCCACUCUGUCUCGUAUUGGUUGGGCAUCAUUUCCAACCAGUGUGCCAAUAUGGAGGGCAAAGCACCACUCAUUGUGGUGUCUAGCCAUGCUGAUCUUGUAAAGGACGACUCCGCAAUCCUUGAAAGGAAGGAGACCAUCUUGAAAGCUGUGCAGAAAUUUCCCAUGUUUGAGCUUGUGGAAAUCAUUCCGAUCGAUUGUCGAUUUUCUAAUUCAAAUGGUAUGAAAGUUUUGAGGCGUUCAGUUGGCUUGACAUGUGAUUCUAUUAGAUCCAAGCUGUCCGUCAGUUUGAACUGCCACAUGUUUCUCAUCUAUUUGCUUGACAAAUUUUCUGGAAAGAUUGCAGUUUCACUGGAAGACAUACAGCAGGAACUCGCGGUGGAUCGCCUCCAGCCUUCUAAGAAGCACAAAGAUCAUAUUCCAUUCAUCCCCUCAACGAUUCCCCGCCUUGUUGAGAUCUGCUGUCAGCUGAGUGACAAAGGUCACGUUCUCUUCUUGCACGACACAGCUUCACCUGAGAAGAGCUUUGUCAUCAUUGACAGUUCAACACUACUCUCUCGAAUCAAUGGCACCAUAAUUAUUUGCUCCAGAAGAUUUCAAACAACACUGCAAGCUGUUCUCCAACACUGGUAUCGUACCAAAAUCCAAGCUUGCUGCUUACUUCCCAGAUAUCGAUAUUCAACUGCUGAUUGGAUUCUUAUCUCAUCUCGAGUUAGCUGUUGUUAUUGA